AUGGCCGGAAACGGAUCCGUAGGUGCUUCGGCUCCUCACCAGAGUAAUGCGCGUUUCGAGAAAACCGCUGCUUUUGUCGAGGCUGAAGCUUCGACCGCCGAGCUCACCAGCGAGGUUGGCCAUAACGCCGACCAGAUGCAUACGGCAGCCGAAACCGCAGCCGCACAUGCACAGCACAAAGAACCUGCGAGCGCAGUCGACGAGCUCGAGGAAGGUCUCAGCAACACGACGAAUGUAGCCGCGUCACAAGGCUGGUUUGACGUCCAGUCUGCCAAAGCUGCUACGGCAGGCUACGCUGAGCAGGCGAAGAAUCUUGCGAACAGUGCUUAUCAGACUGCCCAGCAAUACGUUCCAGACUCGCAAACAACCUCUCAGACCAUGCAGUCUGCGCUUGAUACGGGUAAGGAAUACCUGGCCACAGCGCAGAGCUAUGUUCAGCCUCACCUCGAGAAGGCUCGUGAUGCCGUCAAUGGUGCCACUGGCGCAGGCUCUGGAUCCGUGGAUACUGACCGCACGACCUCCGUAUCUCAGGUCUUUGUAAUUCAUCGACCGGAUCAUUAG